AUGUCAAUAUGGUCCAACCUCCCCGAGUCGCGACGAGCAACGCAUGAUGAGACGGCAGGGGUGCUGCCUACUCAUUCGGCCCUCGGGAGCCCCUGCGCCGUGCACUCUGCCAAGACCCCCGAGAUCAAACACUCCGAGGUCCCCAAGAAGCGAGAGCGCUACAUACUCCCCACUGAUUACCUCAACGGGCGGACUAAAUGCCAGAAGAGAACUGGGCUGCACACGGGGGUGUUCCCGCAUGCGACCUAUGCCAUGCUCGUAAAGUCAAAUGCGACCGCAAGGAACCAUGCGCAAACUGCGUAGCGGCCAAGGCCGACUGUUUGCGGAACAGGCACAAGCGCGUGCCCCGACCCAAAGUCCGAACAGACGAAAAGAUACAGGCUCUCUUGCGGAGGCUGUCAUCCUUGGAAAAUUCGGUUCAUGCCGCUCAUCGCAGCCCGAGCCAACCCCAGGACCAUGAAGCUGUCAAUGGCUCCAUCAAGCCCAGCCCUGAAGCAAUACCAGAUCGUCCAGCCAAGAGGAAGCGUACCAGCAGCUCUCACGAGCCGUCAAUUCCUCCUACAACCCCAGAACUUGACAGUAGCUCCCAAACGACCAAAGAAGCACGCCUGCACAUCAGCAAAGAACUCUCUACCAAUGGACUACUGUCUGGCCACCAACGCUCCGUGCUGGAGACGGCCAUUUCCUUUGUUGACCAACUGUCGCACGCGCCUGCGCCAAACAUGACGGACCGCAGUACUUUUAACAAAUCCAUGCAUAACUCAACAGACAUGUCCGAGCGUGAGAUCUUCAGUGUCAUCAUAGGCAAUGAGUUCAAGGCACAAGUGGAUACCAAGGUUCGUUAUCAUACUACCGACCACGUACCAGCCAAAGCCAUUGAGAGGAUGGCGCUCGCUCUCAUGGCUGGAAAUUUGGACGAAAGAACUACAAAUCUCUACAAGGUCAUAAUCCACUUCCAAGCGGCUGCCGUCCUGUACACGAGCCUGCUGCUAGGUACCAAAAGCGAAGCAGUAACAAAGCACUAUCAGCAAAUGCAAUACGACCAUAUCACAGCCGCGCUUACGGCCUUGGACACCAUCAGUUUUAUGACCGCGCCCUCGCUUCCCUUGGUGCAGGCUCUGGUGACAGGUGCCAUGAUGAUGCAAAUCAUAGGAAAUCCAGUACAGUGCUGGGAACUCACAGCUCACGCAUCCCAAACAAUCAUAGCUCUUGGGUACCAUCAUAUCAACAAAAUGGCCCCGGAAACGGACGAGGAGCACGAGAUCUACUCGAUAGUCGCCCAUUGUGCCGAGCUCGACAGCGCCAUGAGUCUGCUGCUGCUUCGGCCGAGAUCGCUUCCCAAAUUCCAGGUCAAGAUUUACGACAUGAUGCGAGGCAAUCCAGCCAAUCCAAUGAGUGUUUUGGAGAUGCUCUACCUGCAGGACAAGAUUCUCGACUUGACCCUGGCUUCAGGUCCCAAACGAUCACCGAAUGAAAUGAAAGAGGAGGUCGCCCAGUUGAGAGCUCAAAUGAAAGACAUCUAUGUCAUGAUAGAGAAGGAGCGUCAAUUGCAUCUCAUGGACAGCAGAGCUGACGCGCUUAUACACUGUAAAAGUAUGGAGUUCAAAUACUUCUCGCUCCUAACAGCUGUCCACCGACUCAGCCCUACGGUCACGACAAAUUACAUUGAGCGCGAAGAAUGUCUACAGAGCGCGCGAAAUGCACUGGAAUGUGUCAAGAUGAUUGAACGGCUCGCCGAAUCCUUGGAUCAUUUCAUUGAAGGCUUUGACCCAUACCUCUCAUGGACCCUGCUCUCACACCCACUCUGUCCGUUCUUCGUUGUCUUCUGUAACGUCGUUGGAACCCAUAACGAUCGAGAUUUCCAGCUUCUCGAAGACGUCAUCGAUGGCAUCUCGUCACUUGUUACCGAGAACAAGUAUGUCAACCGUCUGCAUCGCCUCUGCGCAACCCUUUUGGGUCUUUGCAAGCCUCUCGUAGAGAGCCCAAGCGCACAUCACCAUAUGCAGCCGCCAGUAACCUCGGAUCCGACUGGCCAUAUGGCAGGAUAUACUACAUCAAUGCCUUUCAAUCAUGGCCCCGAUAUGUUGACUAACAACGGCGGAGAAACAAACAAUGAUGCCGUGGUUUCUUCCUGGAAUGAUGACAUGAUGUGGCAGUUGUUCCAGUCGCAACCGUCACUGGAUUGGUUCAACGCCGACAUUCUCGACCCCGCUUGGGACCUUGGUCAUGCAACUUGAAAGACGAGGUGAACAUAUGCAGCCGAAUAGCUUUCUUGGUUUCUUGGAAUAGACUUUGAUGCGGUUUAAUUUUUGGCCAUGAUUACGUGGUGGUGUAUAUAGAAGUGCUAGGUUUGGAUUCUUUGGGUGUUGCUGACGAGGACUACGGACUCAUGUAUGGUAAUCAUACAGCAUUGAAGUGAAAGGCAAUAUGGUUUCCUG